GCAAUCAGCGACUGAACCUUCUUGAUCACCGACCGUCAUCAUGUCUUCAACAACGCGUCCAGUCGUUUUCAUGGAUAUCAACAUCGGAGAGACUCCAGCUGGUAGAAUCAAGAUGGAGCUCUUCAGUGACAUUGUUCCGAAGACUGCUGAGAACUUCAGGCAGCUAUGCACUGGUGAAUGCAGACGUGAUGCGCGACCCCAGGGUUACAAGAACGCCACUUUCCACAGAGUCGUACCAAAUUUCAUGUGCCAAGGUGGAGACUUUUUGAACGGCGAUGGAACAGGAUCGUUCUCGAUAUACGGAAAGAAUUUUCCUGACGAGAAUUUCCAAGAGAAGCACACUGGACCUGGCUUACUGUCUAUGGCAAAUUCAGGCCCAAAUACAAAUGGAUGCCAGUUUUUCAUAACCACGGAUAAAUGCGAUUUCUUAGAUGGAAAGCAUGUGGUCUUUGGAAAAGUUAUCGACGGUAUGCUGACGCUUCGCAAAAUUGAGAAUGUCCCUACGGGACAGAACAACAGACCAAAACUGGUCGUCAAAAUUGUCGAAUGUGGGGAAAUGUAACUGGUUACUGCAUGUUCACAAAAGCAUCCAUAGAGGGGAAUGUAAGCGAC